AUGGCGAACGGGGACUCAUGGGCAGCUCCUGAACGCGGAUUCUAUCGCAUCGUCGAUGGCAAAAACGCCACGCGGUGCCAGUUUCCACAUCAAGCCCUCGUCCAAAGCGACGAGAAGACUGUAUGUGGCGGUUCGCUUAUCACGCAAAGUAUAGUCCUCACCGCUGCGGGCUGUACUGUAGGGUUCAAAAAACUGACCAUCCGCCUGGGAACCAACCAGCGGACUCAGAAGGAUUCAAACACCUGGACCGCCGUCUCCACCUGGAGCAAGGCGCACCCGGACUUCGACUUCGACGGCCAUAGUGAAAAUGAUGUGGCUCUUGCGUUCCUGCCUGAGAAAGCUCCUCUGGGUGGUGAGUUGAGCAAAAAUAAAGCAGCAUAA